AUGGCUUCCCAACCCAAUCUUGAACAGCCCGCUGCAGCAGCAGCACCAGCACCGGCGCCCUCAGCCAGCAACAGCAGCACCUGCACCGCCACCAGCAGCAGCAGCAACAGCACCAGCAGCAACAGCAUCGGGAACAGCAGCAGCAGCGGCUGCACUGCUACCAACAGCUGUAGCAGCGGAGACAGCAACAGCUGCAGCAGCAGAGACAGCAACAUCAGCAGCAGCAGCAGCAGCACCUGCAGCAGCACCCCCAGCAGCAGCAGCAGCACCAUCUGCAGCAGCAGCCAGGGUUCCUCGUGUUCUCCUCAUAUGUUGGAGGGGCUCUGGCAUUCUUCUAUACAAAAGGGAGAAGGGCCCUUAUCUGGAGGAGACAAAUCUGUCUCUGUCUCUGUCUCUUCUCCGAUGGACUUGGGCGUAGUUGGUUAUGCUGCUGCUGAAGGUAUAGGGGGGAGUUCAAACGCAUGCGAUGCUGCUGCUGCACCUACUGCUGCUGCUACAGCUGCAGCUGCUGCUGCUGGUGUAGGGGGUAGCUGCGGAGACAGUCUGUCUUUAAGCCCCUUCUUGGGUGCUUAUUCGGGGGGCGAGUUGCUGCCAGGAGGAGACAGCAGCGCAUGCAAAGGCAGCCAUAAGGUGUCUCCUUCUUCCUGCUGCGUGCACACAUCAGGGCCUCUAAAUGUUAAGGUGGAGACAAACGUUAUCUCUUCAGCUGCUUCCUCGCCCCAUCUGCCUUCUACAAGCAUCUCUGACGGCCUCCAUCUAGCAGCAGCAGCAGCAGCAGCAGCAGCAGCAAGCAAGGGGCCCCAGGGGGCCCCCCAGAGAGACAGCGCCCUCGCUUUGGCAGCACUCAAUUCCCCCACAGCAGCACAAGCAGCUAGCUCGACUGCAGCAACAACUCCUCUAGCAGCAGAAGCAGCAGAGCUCCAGCAAGCUGCCCCUAGUCCCUCUUCUGCACCUCCUGGGGGGGGAGGAGCGCAUACUGAAACCGAAGCUGCUGCUGCUGUUGCUGCUGCUGCUGCGGCUGCUGCUGGGCCGUCAGCAGCUGCAGCAGACAGCAGCACUCUGUCCUCAACGCAGGCGAUUUUGAUAGAGUUGAUUCAGAGUCUGGGAUCAGCCUGCAGCAGCAGCAACAGCGGCAGUGCUUCUGCUGCUGCUGCUGCAUCGAUUGCGAAGCACAUUGAACGCAUUAGCAAAGCAUCAAAUCUUUCCGAUGUGGAGAGUUAUAUUGCUGCUCUUCAAAAUCUGCUGCCAGCUGCCUGCAGCAAGGGGCCCCUCAGCCUCUCUAAGUGCAGCACGCUGCUGUCUGCUCUCAAUCUUGUCUGCCCGAAGGAACCUGCGGCUCCAGCAGCAGCAGCAGCAGUAGCAGCAACAGCAGCAGCAACUGCAGCAGCUGCUCCACUACCGACAACCGAGGGAUCUUCCGUCGAGGCCCAUAGCAGCAGCAGCAGCAGCAAGAGCAGCAGCAGCAAGAGCAGCAGCAGCAGCAGCAGCAAGAGCAGCAGCAGCAUGGGCUUUGGGUUGGACUGCGUGGCGUUGUCUCCUUCAUCUCAGGGCUGUCUCUUUCCGUACCCUCCUACAACAUUUGCUGCGCAGCAGCAGAUCUGCUGCCAGCUGCUGGAGGCCUUACUAACGACCCAUCUAUCGGGUUGCAGCGUCUUGUCUUUGUUGUCUCGUUCGCCUCUCUUUGCUUUUCAUCAAGCAAAUAUUAUAGGGGCCCAGGGGCCCCAGCAGCUAUAUAUCUAUACACACGUAAUCCUGCAGAAGCUGCUGCUGCAUGCAGUGCAUGCAUCUCCUUCCCUGCUCCUUGCUGCUGCAGCAGAAGGCGCUUUGCUGCUGCCAGAAGACAAACCCAUUGACCUCUUAAAGAAGGUCCCCCCACAAGCCAUAGAAGAAGCCGUUGCUGCGCUGCAGCUGCUCUAUGAAGCAGCAGCAAACAACAAAGAUAUACACGCGCAAAAGAAUCCUGCUGUUGCUGCUGCUGUUGCUGCUGCAGCUGCAGCUUCAGGCUCACCAGCAACGACAGAGGGCCCUGCAGCAGCAGCAGCAGCAGCAGCAGCAGCAGGAGGACUGCGUAGCAGGCGAUUGGGGGAGGAUUCCCGAGGGUUGAGUGUUGCGGAGAGCGCCGCAGCCACAGCAGCAACAGCAGCAGCAGCAGCUGCUGCAGCAGCUUCUGCUACCACCACUCCUGUGCCUUCUCUCUUGUGCAGCCCAACAAUCCGCACGCUGGAGACAGCAUCGGAGACAGAAGGAUUGCUGCUGUCCUCUGGCUUGAACAGUUUAGAUAUGAGGGGUUUGUCUCGUUGCUGCCCUGAGUUUGUCUGCGGCUCUCCCCUACCUCCUAGUGCUCCUUUUGCUGCUGCUGCUCCUGCUGCUGUUGCUGCUGCACCCAGCGGCGAGAAGCAACCAACUCUUGGGGUCUCCUCUGCUUCCAGCUGCUCUUCUUUUACUCUUAGAGACAACAAGAAAGGACAGGUGGAGGCAGCAUCGGAGCUGCUGCGGGCACUGGGGGCGCAGGCGAUGGCAGACGUCUGCUCUUCUCCCUUGCAGCAGCAGCAGCAACUGCAGCAGCAGCAGCAGCUGCAGCAGCAGCUGCAACAACAGCAGCAACUGCAGCAGCAACUCCAGCAGCAGCUGCAACAACGACUCCAACAGCAGCUGCAGCAGCAGCUGCAUCAACAGCUCCAAGACGGCAGCAGUAUGGCGAAGCGCUGCGCUUCUUUCCCUCUUGCUGCUCUUCUAGAGUCUCCUUCUGCUGCUGGGUCUAAAGUUGAAGCAAGUGCUGCUGCUGCUGCUGCAGCGCCGCUGCUGUCCAGGAGGUGCAGCAGCUCCUUGUGGGGCUCGGAGUCUGCUGCUCACGAUGUGGUUAGUGCUGGGUUGGACUUGGGUGGUGCGGGUGGCGGUGCUGCUGCUGCAGCAGCAGCAGCAGCAGCGGCAUCACCCCAAGUGUGCGGGAGCCCGCUGCCAGAUGUGCUGUCUCCUUCGGGGUCGCCAACUGUCUCCUUUGACGCUGCAAAUGAUAGCUGGGUAGCAACAUGGAAGGCCCAGGGAAGAAGCUGCAGUAGAAGCUUCAGCAGCAGCAAGUACGGAGGCCGCGAGGAGGCGCAGCAGCAAGCACUUCGGUUUACAAAGCGGAUGCAGCACAAGACAGAAGGGCCUCAAGGAGACUCUGCAGCAACAGCAAGUGCAGCAGCAGCAGCAGCAGCCGCUGCUGCUGCUGCACCUCUUGUUGCUGCACUGCCGCCUGCGACGCCGAAUGCAGCCAACGCCGCGCAAGCAACAGCAGCAGCAGCAGCAGCAGCAGAAAUAUGCAGCUUCCUCGCCAGCCUCGAAGGCACACCAAGCUCAAAGGGGACACUUGCUGCUGCGCUGCAGCAGCCGCUGCUGCCGCUGCAGGGAGCAGCAAAUUCUGGUUUGCUAAACAUCUCCGGUCUUAGUCAAAAAACCUCUUCACUUCCUCAUGGAUUCCUAGGAGAGGGGGCCCUCAAGGCUUUAACCCUACUACAAGACGCCAAAGGGAGCAGCAGCAGCAGCAGCGUAGCAGCAGCAGCAGCAGCAGCAGCAGCUUCACAUCCCACUCUGCCACGUAAGCUCAAGAAUAAAAAGACAGCAGCAGCAGCUUCUAGCAAUGAGUGGAGCUUAACAGGAAAUGCACGAGGGCAGCCAGGGAGACAGCGCGCCCUAAGCACGAAGACAAAGGGGGCCCCCGGUACACCUGGGGAUGGCCGCAAGCUGGCAGCAGCAGCAGCAGCAGCUGCUGCUGCAGCAACGGCGGAGGAGCUGCGGCGUCUGGGGCAGAAGUGCAACAACAGCAGCAGCAACAACAGCAACAGCAGCAGCAACAGCAGCAGCACCACGAGCAGCAUCACCGGCGGAGGGUCUGGUUUCUUACCUCCUUUAUCUCCUUCUGCUUCCCCACCAUCUCAGUUUUCUUCUCUGCAACAACAACAACAACAGCAGCAGCAGCAGCAGCAGCAGCAAAGGCUGCGAGUUGUAUCUGGCAGCAUAACAUUCGAUCGCAGCCAGAACCGCUUCAUGGCCCAGUGGAAGACAAGCGAUGGGUCUAAGCACAGCAAAUCGUUUUAUAUAAAAAACUACGGAAGUGUAGAGGAGGCACAGCUAAAUGCAUUGCGGUUUAAGGAAAACCUAUUAGCAGAAAGAGACGGUGAGAGAUCUGCUGCUGCUGCAGCUGCUGCUGCUGCAGCCGCUGCAGCAGCGCCCGCAGCAGCCUGCGCACUCCCUCUGCAUGAAGCGAGGCAAUCAAAGGCAAAAGCAGCAGCAGCAGCAGCAGCAGCAGCAGCAGGCCUCAGGAGUCCUGGGGCGGGUCUGGGGGCAGCCAGUGACUGCGGGCUAGGGAAAGAAGCAACAUGUUUAGGUGGCGCUCAACACAGCAGCAACAGCAGCAACAGCAGCAGCUGCAACAGCAGCAACAGCAGGGCCUGCCCUCCUAUCCACGAGGCCCUUGAAUGUGUGUUAUCACGCUCUAUUCAAUCUUGUAUAGAAGAAGCAGGCGAGGCUGCUGCUGCUGGGCCUCCCUCUCUUGCUGCAGCAGAUGCUCCUCUCGUCAGUUCUGUUAAGGCAGCAGUUGCUGCUGCUGCUGCUAGCUGCCAGGAGACAGAUGAAAACUGCUGCACGCCUGCGCAGCCGCUAGAUGCAUCUCUUUGGAUUGAAGCAGGGGGGUUCCUCUCUUUAUCACAAGACAGCGAAAGGAGUGCUGCUGCUGCUGCUGCUAGCAGCAGCAGCAGCACCACCAAGGCUUCUUGCGGUCAGACAGCGAAGAGGAGCAGACAGCAGGCUGUAUCUGCGGCGGGCCCUGCAGCAGCAGCGAGUGCAGCCGCUGCAGCCGCAGCAGCAGCAGCAGCAACAGCAGCAACAGCAGCAACAGCAGGAAACUCUGCUUUUUCUGCCUCCCCCGAACCGCACUACAAACGUCUUAGACAUCUUCUCAAUUCUGCUGCUCCUCCUCCUUCUUUAACUCAUCCAAUGCCUACGCUGCUGUCUCGUGAACAAGAAGAAGACCGCAGCAAGGAAGAGAACAUUCAGCUGCAGCAACAGCCGCAGCAACAGCAGCGACAGCAGCAGGCAGAAGAACCUGCUAAACUCGCCGCAGCACCGAAAACAGAAUCCGCAGCAGCAGCAGCAGCAGCAGCAACGCAUGCUGUAGCGGUGGCAGCUGAUACUUCAGCAGCUGCUGCUGCUCCAGCUGCAGCAGCAACAACCGCAAACGAGAAGAUACAAGAACCUCCGUCUUUGUAG